GCAGCUUCUAUGAUUCACCAGAUCACGAAAUCCGUGAAGGGGCACUUCACCGCAAUAGCGGAAAUCAUCAGCUCCGCCGGGUGUUUUACUGUUCAACAUUGUACUAUUUCAUUUGACUUGGAGCAUCAGGCAGCGGACGAUAAUUUCUUCCGGGUAAAAGCCGAGCUUUCACCCACAGGCGAACGACAUCCCCAGGUAUGGGCUACGGCAGCCCAGGAGCAGGGCCCUGGCACUCGCCUAGCACAUACGACGCCGAGAAAACGAAGACUUGAAGAUCUGGAUUCCCGUGCACACAAGCGGGCCAGAGGGCCGGGUGAGGAAGGACUCGAAUCAAAGGACUAGGCGACGUUUGGUGCUUUUGAGGCGAAAGGGCUGAAACAACAGAUCAUGAAGGAACUUUUGCUACAGAUGAUCAAUGCCUCAGAUAUUAUUGGUACCUAGGAAUAGGAAGUCAAGUGAG